CCAUUACCCCUAGAUAUGGGUGUCCACGGUUGGGAAUCGUUACCAGAGCAAAUGUGGCGUGUCUAAAACCUUUUAGGAGAUAAAUUAUGCUGAGUUUUAAUGUAUUUUUUAUUCUUAUAUAUGUGUUUGAAACUUUUCCUUUGUUUACGGACGGUAAAAUACCAGGGAAUAUUUAUUACGGAAGAAAGGCCAAUGUGACUUCAGUGUUAUCACAACUGAGUCCUUUCGGACUGCAACAGUGUGUUCGAUCAUGUUUUCUCGAGGGACUUUGUCAAUCUGUGAAUUAUAAUAGAAAUCAACUGACUUGUUAUCACAUCAAUCAGGAUUUAGACCCCGAAUCCCUUCACAGUGACAGUGAUUUCAUUUUUAUAAACAACAUCACAGGAACUCAGGCUCUGAUGAAAGAAUGCGUUCAAAAUAGUUGUCUUCAACAAGAGUCUUGUGUAGUUUUGAAAAAAACAACAACCUGUAUAAAGACUGUUUGUCGACAUGGUAUGUAUACAUUUUAUGAGAAGACCCAGUCUUGUCUGAGGAUCGUUAACGCCCCUGUGUUAAACUGGACGGCAGCGGAAGUAUUCUGUCAACGUGACGGUGGACAUCUAGUGUCAAUAUAUAAAUAA